AUGGACCCAAUCAGGACACCACUCACCGCGAGCUCCCAGUUCAUCCAAGCAGAUGACGACGACGACCUGAACGACGAUGAUAUUCCCGGCUUCUCUCAUCCUGGACUUGCCCAGUCUCCCGUUGCAGACAAGGGCAAGGGACGCGCGACGUUUGUCCCCGAGCAGCUCGCUGCCCCCGGCACAUCGAACGGACGGGCGCCUGCGAGCCCCAACCCCGCCGCCGCGCUCUCAGGCAACAUCGGAAGCUCGAGCUCGCAGAACGCCGGUAGGGCGGCAAACCGCCAGACGGUGGGAGGUGUGCAGGUGGAGACGCGGUAUUCUGGAGGGGAUACGCUGGAUGAGCCUGUAACGACGACCAUUGCCCGGGACUUGCUCUCCAUCUAUUCCAAGCUCGUUCAAGUUCUGUAUCCACGUCGGUCUAGUGGACGCGAAGUUCUAAGAGACUGGGAUCUAUGGGGUCCUUUACUGCUCUGCUUGUGUCUAGGAAUCAUGCUGAGUAUUAAUGCUCCGAAAUCGCAGUCUCUGGGUGUCUUUUCUAGUGUCAUCGUCAUCUGUUCAAUGGGAGCGUUGGCCGUGACCAUUCAAGCAAAGCUUCUUGGCGGAAGAGUCUCUUUCUUCCAGGGCCUCUGCGUCCUCGGUUACUGCAUCGCCCCAUUGGACAUCGCAGCUUUGAUCUCGUGCUUUGUCCAUGUUAUAUGGAUACGCGCGCCUGUGGCUCUGUUAGCUUGGGCAUGGUGCAUCUGGGCCUCUGUGAAUUUCCUGGACGGAACUAAAAUCGACCAGCCGCGCAUUUUGCUGGCUGUAUACCCUCUCCUUUUGUUCUACUUUAUUUUGGCUUGGAUGAUCCUCAUUCAAUGA